CGCUCAAUCCGGCUGGCCCCAUGUUACUGAGCGGAGCUCCUCCGGCGGGCUCCGGCCCCGGGCCGCGGGCGCAGGGGAGCGCGGGGGGCGGCCCAGGGGGAUCGCGCCGGGGUACCGGGGGUGCGGGAGCCGGCCCAGGAGGGGGCAGCAGUGGCGGAGUGGCCAAGUGGCUCCGGGAGCACCUGGGCUUCCGCGGGGGGGGCGGCGGCGGAGGUGGGGGCAAACCGGCACCCCCCGAGCCAGACUACCGCCACCCUGCACCCUCCCCGGCCGCGCCCCCUGCGCCACCCCCGGACAUCCUAGCUGCCUACCGGUUGCAGAGGGAGCGCGACUUCGAAGACCCCUACUCCGGGGGGUCGUCCGGCUCCGUUGCCCUAGCUACCCCUGCUGUCCCCGGUCCCACGCCGCCCCCACGCCACGGCUCGCCCCCCCACCGCCUUAUUCGGGUCGAGACCCCUGGCCCCCCAGCGCCCCCUCCUGAGGAGCGGAUCUCUGGACCUCCGGCCAGCAGCGACAGGUUGGCAAUCCUAGAAGACUAUGCGGACCCGUUUGAUGUUCAGGAGACUGGUGAAGGCCCAGCAGGAGCUUCAGGAGCCCCAGAGAAGGUCCCCGAAAAUGAUGGUUACAUGGAGCCCUAUGAGGCACAAAAGAUGAUGGCCGAGAUCCGGGGCUCCAAGGAGCCAGCAGCUCAGCCCCUGCCUCUGUACGACACACCCUAUGAGCCAGAGGAGGAGGGGGCCACCCCGGAGGGUGAGGGGGCCCCCUGGCCCCGGGAGUCCCGCCUGCCUGAGGAUGACGAGAGGCCCCCUGAGGAGUAUGACCAGCCCUGGGAGUGGAAGAAGGAGAGGAUUUCCAAAGCCUUCGCAGUUGACAUUAAGGUCAUCAAAGACCUACCUUGGCCUCCGCCUGUGGGACAGCUGGACAGCAGCCCCUCCCUGCCCGACGGGGACAGGGACAUCUCCGGUCCAGCCUCACCCCUCCCCGAGCCCAGCCUGGAGGAUGGCAGCGCCCAGUUUGAAGGAUCUGAGAAGAGCUGCCUGUCACCUGGCCGGGAGGAGAAGGGGCGGAUACCUCCCCGACUCUCUACAGGGAACCCCAAGUCAGCCAAGCCCCUAAGCAUGGAGCCCAGCAGCCCCCUGGGGGAGUGGACAGACCCAGCACUGCCUCUGGAAAACCAGGUCUGGUACCACGGGGCCAUCAGUCGAACAGAUGCCGAGAACCUGCUCCGGCUGUGCAAAGAGGCCAGCUACCUGGUGCGCAACAGUGAGACCAGCAAAAAUGACUUCUCCUUGUCCCUCAAGAGCAGUCAGGGCUUCAUGCACAUGAAGCUGUCCCGGACCAAGGAACACAAGUACGUGCUGGGCCAGAACAGCCCGCCCUUCAGCAGCGUCCCUGAAAUCGUGCACCACUACGCCAGCCGCAAACUGCCCAUUAAGGGGGCCGAGCACAUGUCCCUGCUCUACCCCGUGGCCAUCCGGACUCUGUAGAUGUGAGGCCCGGGCACUGUGACAGAUCAGGACCCAGCCCUAUGCCCGUCCGCAGCCUGAGGACUGUGGCCCUUCCCGGGGACAUGAUCUCCCAAACGUUUUGUCCCCUCUCCCUGGGAUGACUGGAGUUGGAGAUUCCUUAAUUUAUUCUAAAAGGGAAGGGCUCCUGGCACCUUGGAGUAAGAGGUUGUCUGGAGCUGCGGAUAGAGGAAUCCCUGGGGAGAAAGAGCCCCUGGAGGAAGGGGCAUCAGAACCGCUGGUCCCCUGAGGAGUUUAAGCUCGGCAGCUGCAGCCCCUUUCCGCCCCUAGGGCAGAGGUGGCGACCCCCUUCCCAUCACCCUCUCCCCCCGGGUCAGUGCAGGGUGGAGCCGGACGCGGGCCCGCGGGGCUCCCUGAGCAUCUCGGCACCUACCCCCGCAUCCCCGCGGCGGGCUCCGCCCAGAGUUCGGUGCUUGGGGAAGGCAGACCCCUGGGACAGAGACGGCACUGGGGUUGGGGAGAGGACGGGGAGGUCAGAGCCGGAGGGAACUUGUGCAGGCCCGGGGCCGCCCCGGCUCCCGGCCAGAGGCAAUAAAUAAACCCCGUCCUGCCAGGCA